AUGCCACUUGCAGAAGGCGCCAGCGCGCCUGUGACAUCACAGUCCAGCUCCACAACUUCGUCGGCUGCUGGCGCUACCUCAGAUUCCAAUGCACAGAGCUCUACCAGACAGCCCCCUCCGGAGACGAAAGAAAGCAUUUGGGUUCGACGACUUGUAGUGCUCUCCUUUUGGCUCGUUGUGUUGCUUCUAGGUCUUCCAGUAUGGUGGAAAACCACAGCUAUCUACCGAGCAGAACUGCCACUGCAGGAUAUGACAGACUGGGCUGACGAUAAGGUUUGCAAACCAGUCUUUCCCCUGCGCGUUGCGGUCGAAGCUUCACUCCCUCUACAAGACGCGCAUAACCUGCUUCGAACGACUCAGCAUGCCAUCGACGAUUUGAAUGAAUUUUCGGCGCAUCACCUUCGUCUGAUACUAGCCGAAUCGCACAACUCGGCCAAUGCAUCCCAAGAAGUGGUCAGUGAUGGAACAAGGGUGACUACAGAUGACGAGGAUAUCGCGUUGGCUGUGCGAUUGAUUCCUGUGGAAACUGGCACGACGCCUCGUGCUCAUUUGCAGCCGUAUGCACCAACAUUGGAUGUCUACUACACCCCUAAUCAGAUCCCCACGCCCUCAUCCACAGGGUCGCCGCUAGCAAGCUUCAUUGCUCAGGAGUUGCAUAAGAUUUUCGAGGAAGAACAAGCGCUGCUAUCAUACUUGCUCUCUACUACCAGCACUGCCUAUUCUGGGAAGACAAAACCAAAGACGAAGACCCUAUCUGCCGAGAAGACAGCAGAGAUUGAGCGUCAGUUUACGCGCGCAUUGAAGUAUGCAUCGACCUACCACUUGACGUUUUCGCUAUUUAGUCCCACUGCUACACCAUCGGGGUGGGAGAUCGAGUCUGUACUUAAGCACUAUGUUUCACCUCUACUGGAGUCAUUCUCAGCCAUCAGUAAUUUCACAGUAGACACCCAAGUUCAGCUAUAUGCAGAGUUCUCCCCCUCUAUACAUCGACCCGAACACGAUGAAAGCUUGAAUGCUUGGACGCUUCGCAAAGAGGAUCUCAGCGGCUUCAUCAAUGCCGCGGAAUGGCCUUUGAGCCCCAGCAUCGGCACCGGUCCUACUGUAAAUUUUGUCCUCUAUGUGCCUGGGCAGGAUCAGUCCCCACUCUUGAUCAAGGAGAAUGGUGGAAAUAGUUGGUUGAUUCCACAGUGGGGUGGCGUGGUUAUCUUGAAUCCCCCGUUGCAGGACGAGGGAAAACAGGCGUCAACGAUUCUGACCGAGGACGCUCUCGCUCCUGCCAUGCAUGCUUUCUCAAAUCAACUAUUAUCGCUCUUGGGCCUGCCUCAAACCCCCGAAUCUCUUCCACUCAAAUUGUCGACCCUGAAACGCGUUCGUCUUGCGUCGCUCUUCUUCUCUGCAUCCUCUACGAUGGGGGCUUUGGCACGUCUCACCAAUGCGCUUCCUUCAAUUCCAAUUCCAGACGCUGUGGCUCAAUCGAUCGAUUCGACUACAAAACAUCUCCAGGAAGCAUGCAACCACCUCCACGAAGGUCGCUUCCAAGGUGCACUCGAACAUGCCAGGAUAGCUGAAGCUGAGGCAGAAAAGGCGUUCUUUGAGCGCUCUAUGGUUGGUCAGGUCUACUUCCCAGACGAGCAUAAGGUUGCCGUUUAUCUACCGCUCCUUGGUCCCGUUGCUGUCCCACUGCUCAUGGCAGGCCUGAAGGAAAUCAAAAGUCUACUAAAGCGGAGCUGA